UCCCCCUCCGAUAUUUUAUUUACUCCCAAAACCAAGAUGGCUCCUGUGAAUGUGUCGGUCCCAUAGCAAAUAGAGGAUGCGAGUAGCUGCCGGAAAAACAACUUUCCCCCGACCGUCGCAUCCCCUGGAGUCCGUUUCGUAUGGUUCGGAGGAGGCCGCCACCUCCGCGUAGCCGCUGAGCAGCCGUUGGGGCUUCGCGGAACCGUCUUCAAGGCACCUAUUUGGAAUAGUUUGGCCAAGUAUCUUGGUCUCCUCUUCGCCGUGUGUCCGGAGAGAGGUGCGGGAAGGCGGCUCAACCAAAUGGCCGAACCGAGAAAAGUGCAGUUUGUCACCCUGUCGGCCUUCGCUGCCGGGGCCGCCUCGGAGUCGAGGAAACGCCGGUUGGAGGACGAGGCCGACUGUAACUUAAGCGAAGACGACGAGAUUGUAACGACGGCGGCGGAAGGCUUGACGGAGACCGGGGCAGGAGGCGCUGCUAGCCGCCUCGCCAAAGCCGUUGAGAGGGACAAGGCUGGAGCCGAGAAGAGGGUGACGGUGCGGCUCAACCUGCCCCUUAGCGAGCCUGACGACCGCGCCUCUGCCGAGUUCAAUUACGGCGAACUCCUCCACAACCUUCAGCCAAAGAACAAAGCUCCAAGUGUGACUCUGGCCCCCAACCCCAAAGACCCUUUCGAUGAUGACGAGAAAGAGCGACGACAGGCGGAAGCUCUGGCGAAGAAGUUUGAGAGUAAAUAUGGAAACGUGACAAAAAAGAGGAAGGACAGAAUGCAAGAUUUGAUUGAUAUUGGCUUUGGUUACGACGAGACAGACCCCUUCAUUGACAACUCCGAGGCUUAUGACGAGCUGGUACCCGCCUCUUUGACCACAAAGCUGGGCGGAUUUUACAUCAACACCGGAACGCUGCAGUUCCGAGCGGCGUCCGACUCUGAGGGCGAGGACGACAAGAACACGAAUGACGACAGCGAACAAGCCAAGAUGAGGAAGAUGGAGCUGACCAACCUGGAGGAGAAGAAGAGCAAUGAACCGAAACAAGGAGUGACCGCCGUCAGCCUCCAUCGGCCUGAGAAGAAGAAGCGCAAGAAGCUGAUGAAGGACUCGUUGUAUUUGGCGGCCAUGCUGCGCCGCUUCAGCAUGGAGAAGGAGCAGAUGCGCAAGAAUAACCUCAGCGUGGCUCCCGCCGGCCUCGCGGGAGGCGUGGCCAACAAGCCGCGCGCCGCCGACGCAGCCAAGCACCUGCUGGCGUCCGACUCGGCCCAGCCGUCGCUCGACACCAACGCCGCCGGCAACAGCGACCUCUUGCUGGCGGACCUGAGCGCCGACCCCGCCGUGAUGUCACUGUUGGGCUCGGCCAAUGAAAAGGAGCUUCAGGACCUCCUCGGUGACCUGGACUUUGGCUUGUUGGACGGCGAACAGCAAGUUUCCUCCACAGUCAGGGAGAACGGCAUCCUGGGAGUCGGCACGCCCGGCCAAAAAGGAGGAACGGGUGGGGGCGCUCAAGGGCGAGGUCCGGGGUCUUCCAGUGGAAUGUUCUCUCCUCCACCGCUGCCUGGGGGGCUGCCGCCUCCUCUCGUCAAACGCAUUGAGGACCUGCGGGCGGCUUCUCGUCAGUUUGAUCAGGAGGGCAGAAAGAAAUUUUUCACCCUGGACAUGAAUAACAUCCUGCUAGACAUCGAGCUACAGGUGCAAAAGCAGCCUCCCGACGUGCGCUCGGGCGUCUACGCGCACAUGGAGGCCUUUGUGCCGUGCAACAAGGAGGCGCUCCUCAAGCGGCUCAAGAAGCUCAGCCUCAAGAUCCAGGACGACAAGAUGCGGUUGCCGCUCCUGGAGCUGAAGCUGGCUGUGGGCAAUGUGAUGCCCGAGCAGAUCGCCAGGUACAACAUGGACUGCAUGGCCAAGGUGGCAAAGCAGCAGUCAGAGGAGGGGGAGAGGAACGGAUCAGAGGAGGAGGAUGAAGAAAAACCCGGGAAAAGGGUGAUGGGUCCACGCAAAAAGUUUGUCUGGGAUGACAAACUCAGGAGUCUGCUUUGCACACUGGUGCGAGUGAAGCUGAGCUGCUACGACAUGGAAAGCCAAUGUUCUCUGUCCGUGGAGGACUACCUCAAGGCCUUUCUGGAGAAUGAGGUCAAACCACUCUGGCCUAAAGGCUGGAUGCAGGCCAGGAUUCUGUUCAAGGAGAGUGUGUCAGUUCACAUUCACCUGACUGGAACCAUGGCCAAGAGGAGGGUGGUGCCCGGGCCCAAGGCUAAAGCUAAGGAAGGCGUGUGGAUCCGCAAGCCGCCGCUGUCCAUGCCUCACGCUCUGUGCGCGCCCGCCUCAUCCGCUUCCUCCGUCAUCUCGACUCGCCCGCCGCCCCUGCCGUCGCCGUUGGAGCUCAUCUGUCUGUCGGACUCUCUGGAUGAGGAUCUGAGUGCCCCGUCUUUGGACUCCAUCUCGCAUGCGCUCGCCCUCCUCACAAACGCCUCCAAGGGCCUGGGCAGCGCCGACAGUCCUCUGUCGCCUCCUCCGCCGCGGAUUCCCACUUCCUCCCCGCCCCCCGUCGCCCCUCACUACCCCUCGCAGGUCACAUGCGCCGCCCCUGUUAAGCUGGUGAGCACAGCGACGGCUUCUUCUACCUCCUCCAGGGUGAACUGCAGGCCCGCUGACUCCACCUACAGUCUGGUUAAGGCGACAGUCGCCCCCAGCCAGAGACAAGUAACCACGACGUCCGGCAACAACAGGCCCAGCGCCAUCAUGGUCGGCAAGACGCAUCCGCACCCCGCCCCCUCACCGCCGAAGCAGCGCCCCCCGCCCACGGCGUCUCCUCUGAUGCCCCCCCACCAUCAAAAAGGCUUGGCCGGCGCCACGGUGGGUAGCUUGGGGAUCCCUCAAAGCGUGCUCAAGGGCGGGCCCAAGUUGGGUGGCGUCAGCAAUAACGGCGGCAUGGCGCUGUCGUCCUCAUCCUCACUCCAAUCCCGCGCCGUCUCCGCGCCUCACCCCACCGCGCCGUCCUUCUGCCUCACGUCGUCGCCGCCGCCGGUGUGCCAGACUGCCCCCUCCUCCCAAGGCAAAGCCCGCCCCCAGCAGCCCCAGUCAAACUUCAUCACGCCCAUGCAGGCCACGCUCACCAAACCCUCCCACAGUACCAACUCAUCGCCCAUCAUCAAGCUGACCCCUCGCCCGCCGCCACCCACCCCUCCGCCCUCCUCCUCGUCCUCUUCAUCCCCCUCACCAUCCUCCUCUCCCUCGCACCCCUCUGGGCCGAAACAUCAAUACUCUCCCAAAACUUUCCGACCGCCUUUUGGAAUAACGGGUAGCGUUCAAGGGACUUCCACCAAGCAGACGUCGGGUGCUUUUACGGGGGGGCCCAAACCCCCAACCCACAACUCCGCUGGCAACAAAAUCUCCUCGUCCGCCGGUCACGCAAACAAAACGCCGCCGCCGCCGUCGCCCUCAGCUAAUCACGCCCAGCGGCAGAGGCUGGUGGGCUCGGCAGGACAGAAUUUAAAGGCGGGAAAUGGCUGGGCAACGUCAGGGGCUUUGGCCAUACCCUCCACGACAUCACACCUCUCACAGGUAUCUGCGGCAGGCGGGCCCCUGCUGGGCAGCCCCUCCACGUUGCCCCUGGGCUUCGGCAUGCUUGGCGGCCUGGUGCCCGUCUCGCUGCCCUUCCAGUUCCCCCCGCUGCUCAACUUCAGCCCCCCUGGAGCCCCGGGCCCUGCUGGCAUGAGCUCGGCCCCUGGCUCCAACUCAGGAUACCCCCUAGCACAGAGUGACCUGUUGGAGCUGUACAAAAGUCUCCAGUCCGGGUCGCAGGCCGCUCUACCUCCUCACUUGCAGCUCGCUUUCUCAGACACCAACCAAAGUCAGGGCGGAGACAAGCGGAAGCCAAGCCACUGAGAUCCGCUUCAUUGCAACAGCAUUGGACGUUUAAGUGACUGACCUUUGGGCCAAUGGGAUGCCAUAGAGCUUUUUGUCUUUCUUGCUUUUUUUUUUUUUUUUUUGUGGGUUUAGUUUUGUUUGUUUAGUUUUUUUAAAUAAUUAAAAAUGGACCUGGUGGACUUUAGCACACAAAUGAACUUUCUAGGAGACAGUGGGUGAAGAGAAGACUUGUUUUAAUUUUAUUUUUUUGUCAACAUGUUUACAUCAAGCGACCUUGAUCACUGUGGAAGGAGAGGACAUGAGGAUUUCUAUUUCAGCGGUGGAGCAGAGUUCCUGACAAAACAAAAAACAGAAAAUGAAAGAAAUCUGAUGCUUAUUUUUUCUCUUUGUGUCCCUUUUUUAGAGUUUUUAUUGUCGCUUCACUUCCUCAUCUUUCUCGCUCCCACCAAUGACUGUUAAGUAGUAGCUUAAAUUAUAAAUAUUGAUAAAUUAUUUGUACUUUACACAGGGACAUGUGAUGCUGUUUGUUCGCGUGCGUGUGUUGGAAGGAGAAGAAUAUGUAUGUGUAGAGAAAUAAUAUACUGUUAAUUAAUUCCACAUUCUCUCGACAAUACGGAGUGAGCGUUGCACAGGACAUUUUAUUUCUUUUCCUUUUUUUUUUGGUGCUGUUUUAUCACACUGGACUUUUUUUUUGUGUGUUUGGUGCGAUAAAGACUUGAAAUGAGAAUUCAGCAGGAAGACAUGAGAAAAGAUUGUAGCCUACUUGAAUGAAUUUUGUCUUCUAUUCAUUUGUUUUGUAUUGUCAUUUCUCCAACGUAACACGCGCCUUAGUUUGGACGCCGGUAGAAAAAUGUUCUAUGCAGGAUAAAUGUGCAAAAGACACAUACACUUGCCCUCACCCACCCUCCCUCAACUGAUUGAGUACCUCCAUUAACUGUUCUUCCUGACCCUGUCCUUCCUCUGUGCGUUUUAGACUGACAUGGUUGCACCGAGCAUGAAGCCAAAGAUUGUUAUUGUAGCUCUCCUUGAGACUGUGUGUGUGUGUGUGUGUGUGUGUGUGUGUGUGUGUGUGUGCGCGUGUCCUGUCUAGUCAUGUGACCCACAGAAGUGAUGACCCUUGGUUUGGGUGAAGGGGGGUGAGGGUGAGGCCUCCUGCCUGAAGGGUAGUGUGGUAAAGUGUGAACAAUAACAUUUCUCUGUGAAUCGAUGGCUUCAUUUGAUUAUAUUUCAUUUUAAAUAGAUUUUCUUUCUCUUCCGUGUGUCAAAUAUGGAAUUAAAAACAAGUGGUUUCCAUGA